AUGGCCGUAGAAGAUAUAAGUCGGGCUAUGGAACGCGCAAUGCUUGCUUUCGGGAACCAGAUUCUCGCAGGUACUCGUGCAAUACAAGAGCAAGAGCAGGCCGAAGAGCAGGUCCCGAGGCCCAUCUGCCAUCGGACACCCGUCCGUCGAGAGCAUCGUCUAGCUCAUCAACGUUUGUUCGAGGACUACUUCGCCGAUGAGCCCCGUUGGGGAGUGAUGGUUUUUCGCCAACGGUUUAGGAUGUGGCGAGAAUUGUUUCUCCAGAUUGUUCACAUGUUGGAGGCGCGCGACGAGUACUUCCAGCAGCGGCAAGAUGCGGCCCACAGAAGCGAUCUAUCCCCGCUCACGAAGUGCACGGUUGCGCUUCGUCAGUUGCCAUAUGGCACCACAACGGACAUGUUCGACGAGUAUCUUUACGUCGGGGAUACAACUGGCCAGGAGUAUUUGGGAAAAUUUUGUGAGGGCGUGAUUGACGCCUUCAGCGCCACAUAUUUGCGCAAGCCGAAUGCCGAAGAUUGCCAGUUCCUGAUGAGGAUGCACGAUAGGGUGCACGACUUUACUGGAAUGUUAGGGAGCAUUGUUUGUAUGCACUGGGAGUGGAAGAAUUGUCCGACAGCGUGGAGAGGCCAAUUCACCAGUGGGUAUAAGGGUACCUACCCGACGAUGAUCCUUGAAGCCAUCGUUGACCACCGUCUUUGGAUUUGGCAUGCUCAUUUGGCGUGGCGGGGUCAAACAACGACAUCAACGUGUUGA